CGAGGCUCUCUGGCCCGCCUAGGCAAAACCGCGAUGGGGUCAGCGCAGAGCUUCGCCCCGUUCCCUUAGUAACGGUCUCCGGAACGGAAAUGGCCACCUAGAGAUUUGUCGGACAGUGCCGGGUCUGGGCCGCUAGUUCCCAACUCAUAAGGCAUUGCAGCCCGCUAGACCCGAUGUUUCAUGGAACAAUCAUAGAAGAGCUAACUAAUCACAGAGAAUGGAGUCACUAUAAUGAAAAUAUAAUAGAAGAUCAAAAAGAUUUUGUUUUUGUGAAGUUCAGUGGCCUUCAUUUAAAAUCUAUGGAAAAUCUUCAGUCUUGUAUCUCUCUUAGAGUAUGCAUCUUCUCAAACAAUUUUAUUACAGAUAUUCGUCCACUUCAGAGUUGUAUGAAAUUAAUCAAACUUGAUCUCCAUGGAAAUCAGGUAUUACUAUUAUUGCUUCAGAUAAAGAGUCUACCAGAUACCAAAUUUUGGAGUGGAUUGAAGAACCUAAAACUUCUCUAUCUACAUGACAAUGGGUUUGCAAAGUUAAAGAACGUAUGUAUGUUAUCUGCCUGUCCGAGCCUCAUUGCCCUCACUAUGUUUGAUUGUCCAGUAAGCCUUAAAAAAGGAUAUAGACAUGUUCUUGUCAACAGUAUAUGGACUCUCAAAGCACUGGAUCAUCAUGUGAUUUCUGAUGAAGAAAUAAUUCAAAACUGGCAUCUUCCUGAAAGAUUCAAGACAUAUAACCACCGACUUCUCUUUAAUUUCUGCUCUGCUUUGAAAAAGGGAUCAACCUAUGAAGAUGAAAUUGAUAAUAUCAAAUACAUUAUUUCAAAAAUUAAUGAAAUUCUGGCUCAUAACUCACCAGUUUUGAUUAUUCAAAGAUGGACACGUGGUUUCUUAGUUCGGAAAAAAAUGAGCCACUUGUUCUUGUAUAAAAAACAUGAAAAAUCUAUUAGUGAAUGUGAAAAAAGAUGGAUUUACAAGCACAAAGGAUUUGAUAGUAAACUCUUUAAGGAACUCUUUUUUCAGCCUGGAACUAAUAUAACAGAAAAGUUUUCACGCUGGAAACAUGCUUAUCCUUCCUGGGACUCUUUGUGCAUCCUGGACUUGGUUAACUAUUUCCUUUCCCAUGUUAGAACUCUGCAGGCCAGCAGGUUAGGGCCUGACCAGACCACCAGAGGGGCCCCAGAUCAUCUGUGGAAUGGCAAAACAAGCUCCUACCUGGAGCUGUAA